GAAAAUAAUAAUAACAAUAUAAAUUUGGUGAAUAGACUAAAGAUAAUGGAAAGCGUCAUUGCUUACCACACUGUCACUUUAUUACUAUGACUAAGACCAGUUCAUCACGCUAUUCAUAGAAUUCUUCUGUUUCAGCCUUACCCCAAAACAAAAGAGAAGAAAAAAUGGCCACCAUGACUGGAAGCACCACCGCCGGAACCACACAUAUCUUGGUAUUCCCAUUCCCAGCCCUAGGACACAUGAUACCACUCCUUGACUUCACACACCAGAUCGCUUCCCAAACUCCAGACCUAACCAUCACCAUUCUCGCAACCCCGAAAAACCUCUCUCUCUUAAACCCCCUCCUCUCCGCUCAUCCUUCCAUCCACACCCUACUCCUCCCUUUCCCACCUCAUCCCGCCAUUUCUGAUGGCGUUGAGAAUGCCAAGGACAUGGCCCCCGGCACGUAUCGUUUCAUGAUCCCCGCCAUGGCUGGGCUUCGAGAGCCACUCACCCAGUGGUUCCGAGACCACCCAUCGCCACCGACCGCCAUCAUUUCUGACAUGUUCUUCGGCUGGACCUACCACCUCUCCGUCGACCUGGGUAUCCCUCAGAUUACGUUCUCCCCAUCCAGCGCUUAUGCCUUGGCCCUCGUGCAAUCGUUGUGGCGCGACAUGCCCAAGCGGCGCCACCCCGACCCCGACGGUCAAAAUGAGGUCUUUUCGUUCCCCGAGAUUGCGAAUUGUCCGAAAUACCCUUGGUGGAAGUUGUCUCCUCUGUACCGUUCCUACGUCGAGGGAGACCCGGAUUCAGAAAUUGUCAGGAACUCGUUCCUUGGUAAUCGGGCGAGCUCGGGACUCAUCGUUAACUCGUUCAGCGAGUUGGAAUCGGUUUAUGUUGACCACCUGAAGAAAGAUUUGGGCCAUGAUCGUGUUUGGGCCGUUGGGCCUGCACGGCUUCAAUCUGACAAUCCAACUGGGCCCACCGAGAGGGGUGGCUCUAGCUCAGUCUCUGCUAACCACAUCUUGUCGUGGCUAGAUAAGUGCGGUGAUCGCAAGGUUGUGUAUGUGUGCUUUGGUAGUGAAGUUGUUUUGCGCAAUGAUCAAAUGGAGGAGCUCGCAAAGGGUUUGGAGACAAGUGGGGUCCAUUUCGUUUGGUCAGUUAAGCGGCCCAAUGGAUCACACGUGGAGGGUGAUUAUGGAAAGGUUCCAUUUGGGUUCGAAGAUCGUGUGGCUGAAAGGGGUUUGGUGAUUAGAGGGUGGGCGCCACAAGUGGCGAUAAUGCGGCACCGAGCUGUGGGUGUGUUCUUGACUCAUUGCGGGUGGAACUCGAUCUUGGAAGCCAUUGUGGGCGGAGUACCGAUGCUAGCAUGGCCUAUGCAGGCGGACCAGUAUGCCAAUGCCACUUUGUUGGUGGACCACUUAGAGGUGGGAAAUAAGGUGUGUGAAGGGAAUCAAACCGUUCCUGACUCGGCCGAGUUGGCUCGAGCUUUUGCAAAAUCAUUAGUUGAGAACCGAGUCGAAAGACAACGAAUUGAAGAAUUACGUGAAGCGACAAUUCGAGCCACUAGGGAAAGUGGUAGUUCUACUAAGGAUUUGGAAUCAUUAGUUGCCUAUUUAAAAGAGACAACAUUUUAGUAAGAAGUUUUGGUUUAGGGAAAAGUAUGUAUAGAAAAUUGGUAUCGUAUUUAUAUUUCUUGUUUUCAAUCUACCUUAUUAUUCAUGUCACUAACUUUUGGAAACAUUUAUUCUCGUUUUCCUA